AUGGACGUUGCCAUGUUAGACAAUGAAUUGAAUUUCCGUUCAAAAAUCGAUGUUAGCGAUUACCACCAACUAGAGGAGUUAAACAAAAAUGUCUCCCAAGAUCUCGGUAAUGUAACAAUUUUAAUAAAUAAUGCUGCCAUUUUAACGUUAUCUUCUAUGUUGAACCCAUCACCCGAGGAAAUACAAAGAAUGAUAAAUGUUAAUUUCACCAGUAUUUGUUUUGCUCAACAAAUAUUUUUGCCCAAAAUGAAAGAAUUAAAUAAUGGACAUAUUGUCAAUAUAUGCUCCAGUUCGGCUCUCUUCACCUCACCCUUUUUCAAUAUUUAUGCCGGUACUAAGGCAGCCGUACGUUCUAUAACUUCAGCUUUACGUAUUGAAAUAAUGAAUGAAUUCAAAAAUAUAACGGCCACUACAGUAAUGCCGUUGUUCUUAAAUACCAAUCAACGUGUUGAAAGGCUUAUAAAUAUGAGUGGUUUAACGAAAAUAUUUCCCCUAAUCGAGGGUCCCAUAGUGGCACAAUAUGUGCUGGACAGUAUGUUAAAUAAUGAAGAUGAAAUAACGAUACCAAAUGCUUUUCUAUAUAUUUAUAAAUUAUAUGAACUCUUACCUAUUAGUGUUAAGGAGUUUGGCAAUGCUUUGAUAACAUUCAGAGGUUAUAAUCGGUUAUUGAAAUCCUUGAAAGCUAAAAGUAAACUGAAAUAA